AUGAAGAGUCAUGUUGAUGGUAUUUUUGCUAUUGCCCAUAAAUACGAAGUAGAAAUGUUGAAAUAUUUGUGUGAACGUUUUAUGUCUUGCAAUAUUAAUAUGGAAAAUAUUGUUAAAUAUUGUGGGACUAUUAAUUUAUAUGGUGCUCCAACUUUGGAGAAGGCUUGUAUAGAUUAUAUUCGCGUCAAUGGGAAGAGCUUUUUGAAGAGCAAGGAAUGGGAGGAAAUUAAAAACAAUUAUUCAGAUUUGAUUCCUCGAUUUAUGGAAGCUAUUGUUGAAAAGUUAGAUAAUCCUUGUUACUUUUGA